AUGGUCUUCUGGAUAGGCUCCCCACAGCCUGGUGCCCUGGCUGCAAGCCCACAUGGCCCUGUCCUCCCCACAGCACUGAAGGCGCUGGAGAGCUCAAGUCGGCGGGCACUUCAGGGGCUGGUGUUCCUGGUGGGCAAUGGACUGGGGCUGGCACUGGCCCUCUACAAGUGCCAGGCCAUGGGUCUGCUUCCCACCCGCCCCUCUGACUGGCUGGCCUUCGUUGCUCCCCCACAGCGGAUGGAGUUCACUGGGGGGGGCCUGAUCCUGUGACCCAAUGUGCCCACCCACCAAUAAAGGCGAUGGCAGGCUGGUGACAUUA